GUAAAUCCUUUUCUUUUGCUGCAAAACUAUUCAUAGGACUCUGUCAUGAAUACUUUUAGUAUGAAUGGAGGAGAUGGAGAAAAUAGCUAUACUAAUAAUUCCGCUUACCAGAAAACUGUUUUAACUGAAACACAAUUGGUGGUAGCAGAGAACAUCAGAGAGAUGUUAGUGGAGUUGAGUUUUCCUGAGUAUAUCAAAGUGGCUGACUUGGGAUGUUCAUCCGGACCAAACACGUUCUUAGCCAUGUCCGGAGUGGUUAACACAAUCAUAGAUUCGUACCAAGAGGAAGGUCGAACUGACUCACCAGAGAUCGAUUGUUUCCUAAACGAUCUUUCAGAAAAUGACUUCAACACGACCUUCAAGUGGAUCCCUUCCUUCCACGAGGAUCUGAAAGCAGACCUCAAAGGAAGGUGCUUCGUGUCGGCAACCCCAGGAUCUUUUUACUCGAGGCUCUUCCCAAGAAAGUCUCUCCACUUUGUUCAUUCAUCAUAUAGUAUCCAUUGGCUUUCUAAGGUUCCUCAGGGGCUUGAUAACAAGAAGAGCGUGUUUAUAAAUAGCUCAAGCCCUCAAAACGUAUACAAGAGUUACUUGGAGCAGUUCCAAACCGAUUUCUCCUCGUUUUUGAAAAUGCGUUCAGAAGAGAUAAUGCCUAAUGGACGUAUGGUUCUUGCUUUAAUUGGUAGAAACGCUUCUGAUCCUUUAUACAGAGACUGUUUCCACAUGUGGUCAUUGUUAUCUGAUUCUCUUCUCGACCUCGUCUCCGAGGGAGUAGUGAAGGAAUCAGAGGUGGAUGCAUUCAACGUGCCGUUCUAUGAUCCAACCGAAGGAGAGGUGAAGGAUGUUGUUGAAAGCGAGGGCUCCUUUGAGAUCAAUAUGAUCGAGACACGUGGAUUUAUUUAUCAACCCGCAAGUAGUGAAAAUGUUGUCGAUGAAUCAUCAGAUCGAACUAAACAAUGGCAAAAGAUUGCAAACAGUGUAAGAUGUAUAAGUGAAUCAAUUCUGGUUCCUCAUUUUGGAGGAGCUAUUAUGGAUCGCUUGUUCCACAGGUUCGCAAUACACGUUGCCAAGCAUUUUGGUGGUUCAACUCGACUGCGCAAAACGACGGUCAACCUCGUCGUUUCGUUGACUAAAAAAUAAAGAUCCUGUUGUGUCGUGGUAUUUGUCUUUAGCUAUAAUUACGUAUUUUAUAUUCAGUGGUAUGUUAUCACAACAGAUCAAUUGCAGUUUCUGGUUUACGGUUUAAUUCCGUUUUUUUUUUUAAACUGUUUUGUUGAUAUUGCGUUUUGGAAUUGUGUUUUUCCAAAAUAAUGAAUAAUGAAGAAACUUGCCACAAAUAUUUUUAAAAUUUAGUAAAAAAUAUAAGAUAUUCGUGCGUUUAAACU